GUUGUGAUAUACGGAAGUAGCUUCGAACUUGUCAACAAGAAAGGCCGACCGACAUGGCAAAGUCUUCUUGAACAAGACCUCCUGCAAUGGCACUUCUCUAACAUUUCUUUUUUACCCCCCCUCUUAACUUUUUAUUAAAAAAACAUUUUUAAACAUAAAAAAAAAGAAACGUUACCACAAUGAAAAUCAGUUACAGCUUCCCUGCCCUCCUGGUUUUCUACAUAACAGCAUGGAGCCAUUUUGAGCCUGCUCUCAGCUCAUCCCAUUGUGGGCGCUCCCUUCAGGUGGUGGACGAUAAGGUGGGAGUGAUCAGAAGUUCUGUUUACCACAGCUGGUCCUUUUGCUUCGGCUCAAUGUCCGACGGCUGGAUCAUCACGGGUCCAGAAGAUGAGCCGAUUGUUCUCAGCUUCUCUCAGUUUUCUGUCCGCUGUAAGAAGGAAUGGGUGUCUAUAAACUCAUCGGCUGGGGGUGAUCCAAUCAUCCUGUGUGGCUCCAAGUUGCCGCAGCCAAUCGAGCUCCCAGGGGGAAAUAUUACAGUGACGCACCACUUCCUCCCUCAUUUGUUCCCUGUGUCAUCGUUUCUGUUGAACUACGCCAGGGAUCCAUAUGAAGGCGAUUGCCCAGAAUCAUCUUUUAGAUGCUACGGGGGUCGCUGCCUUCCCCUCUCCUGGCGCUGUAAUGGGCAGGUGGAGUGUCUCGAUGAAGAAUCUGAUGACAACGAUGAACUGGGUUGUGACUGUCCUUGUGGAGGGCUUCUUCAGACCUUUUAUGGGACCUUCUCCCCUCCAGGUUGUCAGGGUCAAAGUAAGUCCUGUGUUUGGACUUUGGAUCCUCAGGACUCCAGGCCGCUGAGACUGGAACUGCAAAAGCUGACGCUAGCUUUUGAGGACCGACUCACUGUCUACAACAGAGAGGAAGGCAAAGGAGACAUUAUUAAAACCAUUACCAGCUCCUCCAAUUCCAAAUCGGUCCAAGUUGAAUCCAACACCGGCGUGAUGUCAGUGGUGUAUAAAGGAGUUCUUGGCACAGAGAACUCCAACUUUAACGCCACGUUUCAUGUUAAGGGCUACUGCCCUCCGUGGGAAGGUCGGUGCGGGGGAGCGGCGGAAGGAUGUUUUACACAGGAGCAACACUGCGAUGGGAAGUGGGACUGUCCCGAGACUGGAAAGGACGAGGAGGGCUGCAGGAAUUGCAGUCCGAAUCACUUUCCCUGUGGAAUGGCAGGACAGAGGACGACAGCGACCAGCAAAGCGCAGUGCUACUCACUAGCAGAGAGAUGCAACUACCAGCUGAACUGCGCCGAUGGCAGCGACGAGAGGGAUUGCACCGUGUGUCAACCGGGGACCUUUCAUUGUGACAGCGACAGGUGCGUGUAUGAGAGCUGGCGCUGCGACGGCCAGGUGGACUGCAAGGACGGCACAGAUGAGCUCAACUGCACAGUAAUCCUGCCCCGCAAGGUCAUCACUGCGGCAACGGUGGGCAGCCUGGUCUGUGGACUACUUCUGGUCAUUGCCAUGGGCUGUACCUGUAAACUGUACUCGCUCAGGACGAGGGAGUACAGCAUGUUUGCGCCAAUCAACCGCCACGAGGCGGAGCUCAUCCAGCAGCAGGCCCCGCCUUCUUACGGUCAGCUGAUUGCACAGGGCAUCAUCCCCCCGGUCGAGGACUUCCCCAUAGAAAACCCCAAUGAGACCUCGACUCUUUCUCUGAGAGGAAUCCUGCAGCUGCUCCGCCAGGAUGCCGCCAGCUCCCCACACCGCAGACGUAGGCCCCGAUUUAUCCGCCGAGCUGUUCGCCGCUUGAGAAGGUGGGGUCUGAUCCCCAGAUCCACAUCCAGGCAGACUCAGUCAUCAAGCUCCAACCAGCAGCAGGCGCAGCAACAGCAGCAGUCAGACACCGCUACGUCAGGCCAAGAAACAGCUCGCUCCACACCUGGAAGCUCCCCAUCAGCCGUGGAGGCGGUCAACCAGCCGGUGGCCCAGAAACUCGGCUUGUUGGCACAGCCGGUGCAGCAGCAGUUGGAAGCACCGCCUCCUUUACUGCCGCUGCCUUCACCUCCUCCUAUCGCUUUCCCCCCUCCCCCUCCCUACGCACCCCCAGCUCCACCUGUGGACGCCCCCCACACUCCCCCUGUUGCCGUGCCCCCCAGUAGCCCAUCUCUGGCCUCCAUCUUCCACACGAUAGGCCUGAGCAUCUCCCGCUUCAGAGCUUCGCCCUCUUCCACCAACUAUGUGCCCCUCUCCGCCUCGCCUUCCUUCUCCUCCACCUCCUCUUCCUCGGAUGACGAUGUGCUGCUCAUCCCCCUCUCGGAGGACAACACUUCAGAAGACGACGUGCCCAUGCUCACCUGAACGACUUCCUCACCCACCCCUUCCCACCCCCUCCCUCUUACUUUACCUCCCACCAGUCUUUCCACAUUCGUUUGAACUGAAGCACAGGAGCGACUCUUCCUCUCUGUGCCAGUCUGGUGCCUUUUUUUAAAAUCGCUUUGCGUUGCUGACAUAUAUGAAUAGAGUAUUUUUAAAGAAAGAAAAAAAGACUUCCUUAAGAAAAUGCAGACGAACGGCACGGCCGAUGAAGAAGCGCAGAUGAGUAUUAUGCGUGAGCACUUACUGAACGCUGGGCUGCACGUAGAAGGUGAACUUUUAUUUUUUUGCACAGAAGAAUCUUCCCUAUCCAGAUACUGAGACAGGCUACUGUCAGGUUGAAUGAUUAUAGCUCUUCUAAUGGAAAUUGUUGUGUUUGUGUGACUGCGACUGUGUGAAUGCAACUGCGUUUUAGUCUCACGUAGACAGCGGAGUGUGAUUGCACAUGAGGAGUGUCUUCACUUGCACCCAGUCUCAUGAUAUAUCACGAAACAAAUUCCCCCUAUUUAAGUGCCUUUAAGGAGCCUCCUGCAGAGACCUCGAGGAUGUUGAGAAUUCCUGAACACACACUGCAUGCAGAAACACACACGCACACAAUGAGGGUCACUUUUUCCUCACGUCGUCAUGGUGACUUCACUCCAAAAUGGAUUAAAAAAAAAAACAACUGCAUGUGUACUCUUCAAGCUGGCAAUAACUUUUUGGAUACCCUCGUUCUAGUGCACAUCGAUUCCAACAUUACUGUGUGUUUAAAUACUUCUUCACCCGGUGAAUGAAUGUAACCUUAAAAAACUAAACAAAAAGCAAACGUAUCAAAAGACAAUCUCUUUGGUGCCUGAUUUUAUGAUGUGUGUAGGUGUGCGCAGGAAGAUGAGGCACCCUAGUGAUAAAUUCACAAAAGAACCUCACAUCUGACGAGACUCAACAGCAUUCGGUCACAUUUCGACUCAGCAGACUUGUGGUGUGCCAUUUGUAAUAUUAAUAUUAUUAUUACGAGUUUUGUGGUGUUUUUUUUUUUUUUUUCUUUUAGCAGGUUUUGUCUCUGUUUCCUUAAAUUGUUCCUGUUUUGCUUUGUUGAAUGUAUUUUUUGGGGAGGGGAGGGUGUCGACGUGACGGUUUUAAAUUUACAGAUAAAUGGGAGGGCGAUUUUAUUUGGGUCAACUUCACUGUAUAUAAGUAAAAAAUAUGGUUGAGAUUAAACGAUUUGCACUUUUAGUUUUAAA